CGGCCAGGACGUUGAGAUGGCCGGCUGGGGCCUGGUCGAGUUCGGCGGCGAGACGGCCGACGUGCUGCAGGAGGUGCCGCUGCGCGUGGUCGACGAGGACGCCUGUGAAGACGCCUACCGCCAGGCGCCCGCGUUCAACAUGACAUUUCCCGGCGGCUUUCAGGGCACCAAGAUCUGUGCGGGCAGCCGCGACGACAAGCCACGGGACGCGUGUCGGGGAGACUCGGGGGGUCCACUGAUG